UUAAUCCUCUUCCUCACACUUUCCCUUUUUCCGUAGUAGACCAUCCCUCUCAAAGCUCUCCUCUUCAUCUUCAUCUUCAUCAUCAUCAUCAUCAUCUUCUUCUUCUUCUACUUUUAAAUAGCUAUCCUACUUUUUAUCACAACCGAGCCUUUUCCACUCUCUUAUUUUCCUUCUCUGCCUUCAUACUGUUUUCUUCAUCUGGUCGCUUAUGGGGGAAAUGAAGAAACUUAUUUUGAAACUAGACUUGCAUGACGAUAAAGACAAGCAGAAGGCUUUGAAGGCAGUCUCCACUCUUCGAGGAAUUGAUAUGAUUGCCAUGGACAUGAAGGAGAGAAAACUUACAGUGGUGGGAAGUGUGGAUCCCAUUGAUGUGGUGAACAAACUAAGGAAGUUUUGGCACACCGACCUCCUUUCAGUUGGGCCUGCAAAAGAGCCUGAGAAGGAGGAAGCUAAGAAAGAAGAAGCAAAGAAGGAGGAACCAAAGAAGGAAGAGCCAAAGAAGGAAGAACCGAAGAAGGACAAACCUGAGAAGAAAAAGGAAGAAGCCAAGAAAGAAGAGAUCAGUCCUCAAGAGCAGAUGAUCAUGGAUCUUGUCAAGGCUUACAAGUCUUACAAUCCUCAGAUGACCACUCACUACUAUGUUCACAGUGCAGAGGAGAACCCGAAUGCUUGCGUUAUUUGCUAAUUAAUUUCUGUGUGUCGGUAAAUAAACAUCAAUGAGAAAUCUUGGAUAUAAUAGAGCGAAUAGUUUUUUUUUUUACAGCUUAUUUCUCUGUUUAGAUAUCGUUUCUUCAAUGCUUUUUAUAAAGUUUUGUGGUUGUAGCAUAUUUUUGAGGAACAGUUGUUGAAUGAACUCUGUUAUUGUUGCAGUUGUUUUACUUAAUAACAAUGGAUUGCUGUGAACUUAUUACAAA